AUGGCCCACAGGCCGCGGAAUGUGCUUUCCAAGGUCGAACGUGAUGCGCUGAGAGAACUCAAGGCCGACAAAGAAUUGGUCAUCGUGCCAGCGGACAAGGGGCGCUCCACGGUUGUGCUGGACAGGGCAGCCUACCUUCAAAAAGCCAAAGGUUUACUGGAGGACCUACAGUUCUAUGCCCCAUGUGCAACGAACCCUGUAAAAGCGCUGACACGCGAAAUUAAUGCUACAUUGUUGGCCUUGGAGAACUCAGGUGCAAUAACACCGACCGACAGACGCAUGGCGAAACCCCAAGAUACGGCUUUGGCCCGAUUCUAUGGCCUCCCUAAGGUGCACAAAGACGGCGCUCCUCUCCGACCCCUCAUGUCGCACAAAGGUACUCCAACGUACGGACUGGCUAAGUGGCUGUUCCGGCGUCUCAAGUUCCUGACCGCUGAGUCAGACACCACGGUCUCUUCGUUAGCAGAAUUCCUGGAGAAACUCAAAGGGGUAAGCCUCCAUCCAAAUGAGGUCAUGGCAUCUUUUGAUGUUACAUCCCUUUUUACUUCUAUUCCCCAGGACCUGGCGAUCAAGACAAUCGAGCUGCUUCUACAAAGCAAAUACGAUGAAACGGAGAAUCGUCUUGGAUGCGACCAAGUCCUUCAGCUCCUGAAGUUCUGUCUCAGGACGUACUUCACGUUCGACGGGACAAUCUACGAACAGGUGAAGGGCACACCAAUGGGUUCGCCGAUUUCGGGGUUCAUCACCGAGGCGGUCCUGCAACGGUUAGAGUCGCUGGUCUUCCAACACCACAAACCGAAGUUCUGGGCCCGGUAUGUGGAUGAUACCUUCGUCGUUAUCGACCGGGGUCAACUGCUGACAUUCAAGGAACGUCUGAAUACGGUCUUCCCGGACAAACAAUUUACGAUGGAGGAGGAAGAGAACAACCAGCUGACCUUCCUGGAUGUCCUCGUAUGCCGCAAGGAUUGUGGUGGACUAAAGACCAAAGUGUUCAGGAAAGCGGCAAAUACGAUGCAAGUACUGAACUCCAACAGCAACCGCCCAAUCAGUCACAAGCGCAGUUGUGUAAGGACACUCUAUCGGCGUGUCGAAACGCACUGCAGUGAGCCGGAAGACAAGAUUGCCGAACUACAAUACCUCCGACGGGUCUUCAAAGCCAAUGGCUACCCGCGCAACUUUGUCAACCGGUGCAUAUGCAAAAUGGACGAAUGACCUAACCGCACGGACACCAAAGUUUGGCGAACGUUUCCAUAUGUCAAGAACGUUUCGGAAGCUGUUGGCCGCCUUCUCUCACCACUCGGGGUUGGAGUUGCACACAGGCCGGAGGCCGGCGUCACAGGCCGGCGCCAGUUGAUGAAACCAAAAGACCCACUGCCACGGCAAGAAACGUCUGGAGUAGUUUAUCGGAUCUGGUGCAGUUGCGGACAAAGCAACUACGUCGGAGAAACCGGAAGACUGCUCCGAACGCGAAUGGCCGAACACGCUGCAGCGGUGUGGAGAAAUGACGCCAGAUCUCAAGUUGCGGCUAAUUUGACGGGUUCCGGCCACACAUUCAAAUUUGACGAGGUCGAAAUUCUCGCAAGAGGUGACAACCGCGUGAGCCGGGAGCUGCUUGAGCCAUGGUUUACUGGCCCCCAGUCUAUUAACAAGUGCAAUGAUCUUCCCAUAAUACAGCGUGCUGAGACUUCGUCUAGGCGGAGUAAUUGGCCACGCGGGGAGCGCACUGGUGAACACUCUUCCCAACACCCGGGUCAGCGCGUCAGAUGGUCGAGCAAUCAUCACACCAACAUCCAACGCACGUGAUGACAUUGCAGCAAUUAACGACGCGAAUGUCGACCAUCACGCCACGUACAACGAUCCCUGAUGAAGGGGAGGGAGUCGUGAAUAUUCAUAGGUAUGCGGUAGCAUGGCUACUGCAUCCUAUAAAUACUGCAGCCGCAUGUGCAUGAACCACCCUUAUCUGCUUAUGUCUCUGACGAUGGAUUCGAGUAGGAAUCCGAAACGUCAGGCUAAUAAAGCUCGUGUCCCGGCGAUCGCGUCUUCUCCUUCUUCUUCAAGACUGCUUCCUGGGACUCGUCUCUUCGCUUCUGUUGGCAGUGUGGUCUGCGCCGACGCGGGCCUUGAAGUCACCAAGUACAUUCAACUUGUCCGCCUUUGACACAGACGCCAGGAGUGCGUACAGGUCCUCCUAGAAUUCGUCUCUUGCGUCGUCCGGACUGGUCAUCGGUGGAGCGUAGGCGCUGACGAUGGUGACGAAUUCGCCUCCGCGGAGAGAAAGGCGGAGGCUCAUCAGGCGGUCGUUGGUGCCCUGUGGCAAACAGGGCAGUCGUCCCACCAUGUCGUUCUAAGUGUCAAAGGCGACGCCCGCGUCCCGUCUCUCUGCCCUGGGGCGACUGCUGCAGCCGGCACCCACCUCCUCUAGUUGGCCUUGUUCGGAGAAUCGAGUCUCGCUGAGUGCGGCGAUGUCCAACUUGUAGCGCGCCACUUCCGGUGCCACUAGCGCCGUUCUCCGUUGCGGUCAGUUGCACCUCGGACUGUCUAAAAGGGAAUAAACAUUCCAGGCUGCUAGUGUGAUUGGACUCAUCCUACCAGUCUGGUGAAUGGGGCGGCGGGCCGGAGGAGGGGAAGAGUAUUGUUUCUGGUUUGAUUGUUUGCAGUGAUAUGCCUAAUUAGGGCUGAUAGGCUGUCCGGGGCGGUCGCGGAAAUCCACUAUUGGCCACUUCUUGGUCUAGUGGGAGGGCGACCCGAGUUAGCCUGGGAUGCCUACGACAUCGACGUAAGCUUGAAGGGGGGAUGGGGGAAGGGUAGAGAGACGGGAUGCAGAACUUCCCCGUUCCUCUCUAAGCUAACUGGCUGCUGAAACAUAAACGGCGAGCAGAGAAAUUCAACAGAACGGCAUUCAACUUACAGAAAGGUCAGACACAAACAAGCAGACAAAAUGGAAGCAGGCUAGAAUAGCAAAAAGCAAAAACGACAUAGAAAAUUCAACAGCACGGCAUUUGGAUUUUAACAGGGAAAAACAAAUACAAGCAGACAGAAAGCAAGCAGGCAAGAACAAGCAAAAGCAACGGCAGCAGGUCAAUGUUAGCUUACCUGGGGGCUCACUCACCUUGUGGCCUCCUGCUGUGUUCCAGACGGAGCCUCGUCAUGGAGAUGCCGAUGUCGGCUAGCAGAGCCGAGAUUACCGUGUACGGAGAUGCACACAUGGAUACCCUCACCUGGUUUAGCCCGCCUGUUGAGGCGGUUACCGGGGUGUGGGCGUUAGGCGGAGCCUAGCUUCGGGGAAUCACAUGUGAGAAUUGGGUGCCAGCAAAUGGACGCUGGGCGUAGUCUAUAAUCAAGCGAACGAUCUGCUAGGACCGUCACGUUGACCCACCGCUGGAUACCCCUAUAUCCCGCGGCAGAGGACUGGCAGGGUCGGGGAGUCGACUGGUGCACGUGAGAUGGGAGAAUGAGUUCGAUCGACUCUGGCCAUUUCAUCGUCACGGCACUCAGUGCAUUCUACGAUAUAGUAAAUCUGACGAGUUUCAAAACGAUCUUGAUGCACUAAACGUCGCGAAUCGUAAGGUUGCCAAAUAAAAGGAUAAUCGAAUUUUAUCGGUGAUAAAAUUCAGGCUGUAUGGGCUGAUUUUUAUUGUGGCCUAUAUGGGACUCCUACUCAGAUGCUAUCGAAACCAUCCCCAUAUUCCUGUGGAAACCUGCCCCAUCGUACGCGGACCAGGUCGUUCUCUGCAAGCGUAGACGUGCUGUUCAGCCUUGUCAACCACUGACUCAGUCCGGUUCCCAUUCGCUCUGAAGUCAAUCGGAUUACCCCUACCAGAAUCGUGCAUUUUCGUUGCGAACACUUCAUUCUCCACCUCUGCAAGCCGCCUUUGGUCAAGUGUGGGCACUGUAUUUGUCCGCUCCGAUGGAGCGAGGUAUCUGACAUUAUUUCUCCCAGAAUGCUCCUCGUCUAAAAAAUGGCACUGGUUUGCCGACAAAAAACCUUCAUGCCAAUGCGAGAAUUAUAGAUCGCGAAUGCAUAUACAUAAAACUGCAUAGUCUCCAAACAAAAGAAACCUUGCACAUCUCUCGUGCUAUGCUGAAACCCCCACACAUGCAUAUCCAAAUGCAUUAACGGAAAAAGGCCGUAUAUAUGGUUGCUUUCACGCGCGAUUCGAAAUGGCCAAACUGAUAUAGAAACUCACCAAGAGUCAGUUCCACAGUUCCAAGGUCGGCACAAUGUUGUGAACCAGGGGGCGUGGUGGCACGCCUAGGUUUGGGCGGGUGCUGACAGGUGGGCAGACCAUCGCCUCGUCAUCUCGAAGAUGCGUAUUCGCCUACAGCCUCGCAGGAGACCACAAGGUAAGCGACCCCCAGGUAAGCUGAAUGUUGCUUUGUUGUCUUUGCCCGCUCAUCAUCUUCAUUUCAGCAAUGAGCUAGCUCAACGACUAGACAACCUUCCUAUCGCUGCCGACACCGCCGCUGCCGAGAACGCCUCCGUGGAGAACCGCUGGUGUCAACUGCGAGACACGGUCCAGUCGACGGCGCUCGCCGUCCUCGGUCGCGCUCCCCGCCAACACCAGGACUGGUUCGACGACAACGACGCCGCCAUCAGAAACCUGCUUGCUGAGAAGAACCGCCUACACAAAGCCUACGUAGAUCACCCCACUGAUGCCACCAAAGCUGCCUUCUACCGCAGUCGUCGCCACCUUCAGCAGCGACUGCGCGAGAUGCAGGACGCCUGGACUGCUCGUAAAGCUGAGGAGAUCCAAGGCUACGCGAACCGCAACGAAUGGGAGAACUUCUUCACUGCGAUCAAAGCUGUCUAUGGUCCGCCGAUGAAGGGCACUGCUCCUCUCCUCAGCGCCGACGGCAGUACUCUCCUGACUGAGAAGACACAAAUCCUACAGCGAUGGGCCGAGCAUUUCCGAGGCGUCCUCAACCGCCCCCCCCGCCAUCUCCGAUGCCGCCAUUGUCCUCCUGCCGCAAGUGGAGAUCAACGUGGACCUCGACCUCCCGCCAUCUCUCCAGGAAACGACCAGGGCCGUGCAGCAGCUGUCCAGCGGGAAAGCACCCGGAUCGGACGCAAUCCCUGCUGA